AUGUAAAAAAUUGUUGGAAAAUAUUCAUUUAACAUGAAUCAUUUAAUUGGAAGAGGAGCAUAUGGAAUAGUAUACAAAGGGAUAUCACCUGAUGGAAUGCCUGUAGCAAUUAAAGUAAUAGAUAGAAGAAUGAUUAAUCAAGUAACGUAUAUAAAAUAACAAAUUAGACUAAUACUUAACAAUUAUUAAAUGAGAUUAGAUCUAUGAAGUAACUUAAUCAUAAAAAUAUUGUUUAAUUUUUAGAUUUCUAUGAAACUCAAAACAAUUUUUAUAUUAUAUCAGAGUUUUGUAAUGGUGGAGAUUUAAGAGAAAUUAUUAAAAGAGGUAAAUUAGAUUCAUUAUCUGUUAUCAAUAUCCUAAAACAAAUCUUAAAUGGGUAUUGAAUGAAAUCUAUUUAGUUAUCAUUAACUUUAUUAAAAUUCAAUAAUUCAUAGAGAUUUAAAACCAGCUAAUAUACUUUUGCAUUAAGGAAUCCCUAAAAUAGCAGAUUUUGGAUUUGCAAAGAAAAUUGAUUUUGAAAAUGAUUUAAUGACAAGUAUUGCAGGUACUCCUCUUUAUAUGGCUCCAUAAGUUAUUUUAAGAUAACCUUAUACAUCAAAAUGUGAUAUUUGGUCUUUAGGCAUGAUCUUGUAUGAAUUACUAUUUUAAAAACCUCCCAUUAUUGCUGAUAAUAUAAUUUAAAUGUAAUAAAGGAUUUGCAGGCCAAUCAUUGUACCUUAAUUAGAUAAUUCAUAAUUAUAGUAAUUAAUUUAAGGAUGUUUAUAAAUUAAUGAAGAGAAUAGAAUAAAUUGGGAUGAAAUCUAUUAGAAUCCACUUAUUAAAGAAUAAUAAAAUUCAAAAAGAUAAUAUACAAGAAUAUUAGUGGAAGUAGAACCAGAAUAAACAGAUUACAGAAGACUUUUAAUAAUAAAUUAUUUAUAAAUAGAAUUUAAAACUAAUUAAAGAAUAUAUUUGAAUUAACUAAAUUUUGCAAGAAGUGCAUUUAAUUUUAGUUUUUUCAUCUAAAAAUUUGAUAAAUCUUUUUUAGAUUUAGCUUAAAAAUUAAGAUGUUUUUCAUUUAAUUGGUUAAUUUAGCUAGAAAAUUCAAAGUUUUUAAAAGAAUAAUAAAAGUUUUUCAAUGAUGAAAGAGGUUAAUUUUGUUUGAAUUAAUUGAAAUAAAUGAAAUAAGCAUUUAUUGAUAAUUCACCUGAAAAUAUAUAAUCGAUGACUUUCAAUAUAAUAAAUUUAAUAUAAUUACUUGAAGAAUACUUUUCAACUUUUACUAUAAAUUUGGGUACUUUAAAUAGACAUCAAUUAUUAGCUACAUAUAUGAUGAAAUACUUAUCUAAAACAUUAAAAACAGCUAAAUUAAAUGAAUGUUUUUAUGUUUUAGAUAUUUCAGAUAUUUAAAAAUUUACAGAUAAAGAAAUUAUGUAAAGGAUCUUAGAACCUUGA